AUGGAGUUUGCUACGGCAACGUCAGAGGACAGUGGCGGCGGCGGCGGCGACCUGGAGUACCUGCUGCGGCUGCUGCACUGGACGGGCACGCUGCGCCACCCGCGCGCCGACCGCCGUGCCAGCCGCGCCUUCUACGCGCGCAACGCCGUCGUGGCGGUGUCGGUGCUGCUGUUCGUCUGCUCGCAGGCGGCGGUCAUCCUGCUGGAAGGCACGGCGGACCUGGACCGCUUCACGCGCGCCCUCUGCUUCUUCAACACCGCCGGCACCUGGCUGCUGCGCCUCGCACACGUCGCUGUGACGGAGCGACGCUUCCACGCUAUGGCGCUACAGAUGGACAGUGACUUUGGCGAGUUCGUGACGCGGCGUGACGCAACGCUGCUGCGCGUGCGCGGUCGCUCGCAGCGGCGCUUCGUGGGCGCCUACCUCGGCGACGGCCUGCCCUUCCACAUGGCGCUGCCCUACAGCGUCGACCAGCCGCUCGCCUUCGCCGCCACGUGGUUCUACUGCUUCUGCAUGACCAUGCACGUGGCCGUCGUCACCAUGGUGUUCGACUCCUACAACAUCAGCCUCAUGGCGCACCUGCGCCAGCAGCUCAGUGUGCUCUCCAGUAACGUCCUUGCCCUGGCUGAAGAGGCACGUCACGAGUCGCUGUCUCUCGUGGAGUCCAGUCCGACCUCGAACUCGUCCGUACGUGUCGACAACACUCGAAUUCGUUAUCGACUGCGGAGCAUCAUUCGCCACCAUCAAGCUAUCAUCAGGAACGUCGAGUCACUAGAGAAGUGCUUGGGAGGCAUGUUACUUGGGCAGAGCCUAUCCAUUGGUGCCUCCAUCUGCUUUCAGCUGUUCCAGCUUGCCACAAGUGCGGAAAGCCUGGCAGAGGCCGGCAAGUUCGGCUGCUACCUGUCCGUCAUGCUGGCUCAGCUGUUCGUCUACUGCUGGUUCGGAGACGAACUCAUCACAGAGAGCGAGAAUGUUAGCACGGUGGUUUACUCGACAGUGACGUCACUGCAGGGAUACCCCGUGACUCUGAAGCGGUCUCUGCUCCUCAUGAUGACUCGCGCGCAGCGUCCUCUCCACAUUACGGCUGCAGGGUUCUUCGAUCUCUCCAGGGAGUCUUUUGUGAAGGUUUUAAAUGUAUCUUACUCAUUCUUCGCCAUUCUUCGGAAUUUCAAGGAAGAGUAG